AUGUCGCGUGUAGAGGCCAAGCAGUCGUCCUCUAAGAACGGGAAGAAGAUUUUCAGAUUUGAAAGCGAGACCGAUAAGAUUCCGUUGUUCUCGAGUUCGCGUAUCGGCAAGAGAGUGGCUGUGAAAGAUUUCGGAGUAGACGUAGACGACCUUCUCCACGGUAUUACGGUUUCAUGGGGGACUGAAGUGCAGCCAUCUUACUCUUCAAUUUUCGAAACUUCUCUGCUGGGCUCCUGA